AUGCUCAAUCGAACUUUUAUCUCAUCCAAAAUAGAAAUGAAUUUUGCACCCGAGCUUAAUUCCAUCCAGGAGGAAAUGUUUCAUGAAUUCAAUUCAACUCUCUACAAACUUCAUCAUUGUAGUCUAAGAUCCAAGGUUUUAUUUUAUGGGGAGAGCGGAAUUGGAAAGACCACGGUAAUGAGGGCUGCUCUGCAACGAUUCCAUCCAAAUCCUUUUAUAUAUAUUGAUCUAGAAGCUGAAUUAUCAUGGAAAUAUUUAGCUCAAAGUUUAGGUAUUUCCCCUUGGAACGAAAAACAUUCGCUAAAGGACUUGAUAUACAAUACGAUUGUAAGCUAUACAACGAGAUACAAAGAGAACCUGAUUAAUAACUGUCCCGUAUUAAUUCUGGAUUCGGCAAACAGAAAACCAAACAUUACUAACCAGAUUAUUCAAUUUCUAAGAAACGAACCAACUUCAACAAUUGCCUUAGUAGUGUUGUCUUCAUAUAGAAAUUACCACAUGAUAAACAACGCAGGAAGAAGAGUCAAACAGAUAGAGUUAUUAGAAGCCUCCAAAUCUUUUGGUGUUAGCUUCUUGAGAGGAAAGGAAAUUCCGGAACAUCUGAUUGAGGGAAUUUUAGAAAGAACUGGUCAGAAACCACUCUAUCUUCAAACAGCUGUGGAAUUAUAUAAGGAUAGACAAACCAAUACUGAAGAGUUUCUCCAGAUGCUUAAGCACGAAAUUUUUAAUAUCAUCUAUGACUUUUUUGUGAGAUUGUCUUUGCCUUAUCAACAUGCAAUAUACGAUCUGGCAAACCUUUUGAUUAAUUCACCAAAUACAAUGCUUGAAGAGGACAUAUGGCUAUCAUUUUUAGAAACAAGCCAUCCGAGUCUGACCUCCAACAAACAUAUCACCUUAUUAUUUAAUGCCAACUUAAUAAGAAUGUCAGGACGUGCCAUCUACUUCCAAAACAAGGCAACAGAAAAUUAUUUUAAAAAGAACAUUCAUCAACUUUGUAAAACGGUUAGCAGAAGAAAACCAACUCUUAAGUGCACCAAUUAA